GGGAUAAUUUUGUGGGGAAUGGAUGAGGUGAGAAGGUUCCAAAAUGGGUAUCUGGAAUUGGAAGCAAAAUUGGAAGGAAUUGGAAGCAAAAUUGGAAAACAAAGCUCCCAGCUGACUCCUUUUUCCUGCAACCCAACUGGUCUUCAGCCCUGCUAUAGAGCCUAGUUCCCUGACUCCACAUGCAGCCCUAGUGCUAGGCCUCUGGGCUCCCCACUGGGCCCACAGACCUGGAUUCUGCAGUGGGAUUCUGGGUGUGCAGCAGGUGCCAAGGACCUUUGGGAACUCCUACUGCCAAUGCUACCCCAAGCCGCCUACCAGCAUCAGUGACCCUCCACAGCCUCACUAAACUUAGCAGCAGAAAUCCCAGGAAGGCGGUGAUGGAGAACAGAAAUCUUCUCUAAAGAACCAAUGCUCCAUCAGCCUCUUUGGUAGAAAUUAAAAACAGUUCUUUGAGCAUUGCCUGCAUGGAUCCCCGUUUUAGGAAUCAGAUCUUUUCACUUUGACAGAGAUGUUCUCGCUGAAUUCAUGUAGAAAAGAUUCCAGAGACUUGUUGAAAGAAUUUCCACAGCCGAAAAACUUGCUCAACAGUGUGAUUGGAAGAGCCCUGGGGAUCUCUCAUGCAAGAGACAAACUAGUGUAUAUCCACACUAACGGGCCAAGAAAAAAGAAAGUCACUCUGCACAUAAAAUGGCCUAAGAAUGUGGAAGUGGAAGGCUAUGGGACCAAAAAGAUUGAUGCUGAGAGGCAGGCUGCAGCUGCUGCAUGCCAGCUCUUCAAGGGCUGGGGGUUGUUAGGGCCCAGGAACGAGCUGUUUGAUGCUGCAAAGUACCGAAUCCUUGCUGACCAGCUUGGCUGCCCGGAGGACAGGUGGUGCCCUGAAAGCAGAUGGCGUUCCAAGUCUGGACCAUCUCUAGCUGACUUGUCAACUUGUUGGAGACGGGUGGAACCAGAUGACUCCAUCCAGUCCAUGGAGCAAGGCAGGAUGCCUAAAGCAAUGAGAAGAGAGGAGCUGGAGGAAGGGGAGCUAGAGGAGGGGGAAUUGGAAGAAGGGGAGCUGGAAGAAGACACGAUUGAUGUUACUGAUUACCUAUCGAUGGCACAGAACGAAGCUCGGACCCCAGCUAGAGACAUGAGGGGAGGGGCCUCUGUUGAAAUGACAGAUGACAACAAUGCCAUCAGGGCUCUGACCCAGUUCCCUCUACCCAAAAACCUUCUGGCCCAGGUGAUUCAGAUUGCAACCUCUUCCUCCACAGUCAAGGAAUUCAUGCAGUUCCGUACCGUGGGCACCAAGACUAAGAUCUGCAAGCUCACUCUGCGCUGGCCCUGCCCGAUGACCUUCGCCGCCAAGGGCCGCCGCAAGGUUGAGGCCGAGAACAAAGCAGCAGCACUGGCUUGCCAGAAGUUGAAGAGCCUUGGCUUAGUGGACAAGAACAAUAACCCACUGAGCCAUGCCAUGUACAACAUGACGUCCCUCAGGGAGCUGGGCGAGAAUCAGAGAAGACCCUGCCACAUCAAAGUCCCUGAGGCCACCCUGCGUAAGAUCGAGAACUACCUGAACCACUACCCGGUGGACUCGAGGGAAUCCAGGCCUCGGAUUGCUGACGACAUGAUGAACCUGAGUAAGGAGUCUGGUGCUAUCAGUGACGCCAUCACAGGGAAGACGUACACGCCCAUGUCGGAGGGGGAGGAGGUGCGCCUUAGCCAGAACCUCCUGGCUCUCUGGAAGAGGAGGGGCUCAUCGUGGCUGGAAAGCCACCAGCUGCCUGUGGAUCCUCACAAGGACACCAUCUUGUCGGCCGUUGAGCAGAAUCCUGUGGUGGUAAUAGCAGGAGACACUGGCUGUGGGAAAACCACCCGGAUCCCUCAGCUGCUGCUGGAGCGUUACAUCCUGGAGGGGCGCGGUGCCCGCUGCAACGUGGUGAUCACCCAGCCGAGGAGGAUCAGCGCCAUCUCGGUCGCCCAGCGGGUUGCGCAGGAGCUGGGUCCCAACAUGAGGAAGAACGUGGGUUACCAGGUGCGACUGGAGAGCAAACCGCCCGCCAGGGGAGGAGCCCUGCUCUUCUGCACGGUGGGCAUCCUCCUGCGAAAGCUGCAGGGGAACCCCAGCCUGGAGGGGGUCAGCCACGUGAUUGUGGACGAGGUCCACGAGCGGGACGUCAACACCGACUUCCUGCUUAUCCUGCUGAAGGGCAUCCAGAAGCUCAACCCCGACCUGCGCCUGGUCCUGAUGAGCGCCACAGGAGACAACCAGCGCUUCUCGCAGUACUUUGGGGACUGCCCCGUGGUCAAGGUGCCAGGGUUCAUGUACCCAGUGAAGGAAUAUUACCUGGAAGAGAUCCUGGCCAAGCUGGGCCGGCACAGACACCGGCACUACGAGGUGAAGCAAUCAGACGAUGAAUGUGUCCUCGACCUUGAGCUGAUCACUGACCUUGUGCUCCAGAUUGAUGCCCAUGGAGAGCCAGGCGGGAUCCUCUGCUUCCUUCCUGGAUGGCAGGAGAUCAAAGGAGUGCAGCAGCGCCUGCUGGAAACACUCGGCUCUCAGAACAGCCGGUACCUUGUCUUACCAGUGCACUCCAACAUCCCCAUGAUGGACCAGCAGAACAUCUUCCAGCGGCCCCCGCCUGGAGUGAGAAAGAUCGUCCUGGCUACCAACAUUGCUGAGACCUCCAUCACCAUCAAUGACAUCGUGCAUGUGGUGGACAGCGGCACUCACAAGGAGGAGCGCUAUGACCUCAAAACUAAGGUCUCCUGCCUGGAAACGGUGUGGGUGUCAAAGUCAAACGUCGUGCAGAGGCGAGGGCGUGCAGGCCGCUGCCAGUCGGGCUUUGCCUAUCACCUCUUCCCUCACAGCCGCCUGGACAAAAUGCCCACUUUCCAGGUCCCUGAAAUCCUGCGCACUCCCCUGGAGAACCUGGUGGUGCAGGCCAAGAUCCACAUGCCAGAGAAGACGGCAGUUGAAUUCCUCUCCAAGGCUCUGGAUAGCCCUGACAUCAAAGCUGUGGAUGAAGCAGUGAUCCUCCUGCAGGAAAUUGGAGUGUUGGAUCAGCGGGAAGCCCUCACCACGCUGGGCAAACGCCUGGCCCAAAUCUCCACAGACCCUCGGCUGGCCAAAGCCAUUGUCUUGGCAUCCAUCUAUCGCUGCCUUCAUCCGCUGCUCGUCAUCGUCUCCUGCCUCACUCGGGACCCCUUCAGCAGCAGCCUGCAGAACCGAGCGGAGGUGGACAAGGCGAAGGCCAUUCUGAGCAGAGAGAGCGGGAGCGAUCACCUGGCCUUUGUCAGGGCCGUGGCGGGCUGGGAGGAGGUGCUGAGGCGCAGAGACAGCCGGGCCAGAGAUAACUACCUGCAGGACUACUUCCUCUACGCCCCCAGCCUGCGCUUCAUCAAUGGCCUUGUCAAGCAGUUCUCCGAGAACAUCUACGAAACCUUCCUGGUGUCGGCGCCCUCAGACUGCACCAUGCCCUCUGCGGCCUGCAACCAGUACAGCGAGGAGGAGGAGCUGGUGAAAGGCGUCCUCAUGGCCGGCCUUUACCCCAACCUCAUCCAGGUGAGACAAGGCAAAGUGACCCGGCAGGGAAAGUUCAAGCCCAACAGUUACUCCUAUCGGACAAAGGCUGGCACCGUCCUGCUUCACAAGUCGACCAUCAACAGGGAGGCCUCUAAGCUGUACAGCCGCUGGCUGACUUACUUCAUGGCGGUGAAGUCCAAUGGCGGGGUGUUUGUGCGGGACUCCUCCCAGGUCCAUCCGCUGGCUGUGCUGCUAAUGACUGACACUGAUAUCCACGUCCGAGACGAUGGCUGGCGGGCGACAGUCUCUCUGACUGACAGUGACCUUCUGGUACUGGAAGGAGACUCGUACACGAUCCGCCUCUUGCGUGAUUUCCGUGUGUCGCUCUCCAAGAUGGUGGAGACCUGCCUGUGUUACGAAGUGUCUGCCAUCCCGGGGGACCUGCACCAUCAGCACAGCCAGCUGCUCGACAUCCUGGUGGAUCUGCUCAAGGGACCUCCUGGCAGCUUUAGCGCCUAGACGGAGGUGGAGGAUUGAGCGUGGGGACUUGUAAUUUGUAUAAAGAUGUUCACAAAUGUUUAUUUAAAUAAAGUUCUAUUUAUCCCUUGUGAAGUCAUCUCUCUCCAUCCUAGAAGAUCAGUGUUGUCAGAAUCUCCUGCUGUUGGCUCCGGGCAUGGUCAUCGUGUAGGAGGAACCAGUGCAGCCCUGGCGUCGGCCACUGCUGAGACACAGAGGAUGGACUGGAAGUGCUGACGCCCCCGAGUUCAAUGGAAAGCCACUUCCUCUCUUCCGAAAGUCGUUGUAGACCCUGAACUGGAAAUCGAUCGACACCACUGACUCCUGCAACGUUUCCGUCACCUCCACCCCACGGGCUGUGCCCGGAGCAGCUCUCCCCAGUUUGAGAGCUGCUCUCAGCUUAGGAGGAAGAUGGACUUUCAGCUCAUGGCUGUGCCUGCACUGAGGGUCGGGGCCCGCCAGAGCGGCGCUGGCAGCUCUGCUGCAGGGUGGGGGUUUGUCGUCUUAAUUUUCCACUUGCUGAGCCCAGUCUGAAGAGGCAAGACCCGACAUUCCAUGCAGAGGGCAUCCCUGAGCCUGUGGCAGCUAGAGGCGGUUUCCUGCUGCACAAAUCAAGCUCAGUGUUGGCAUUAGGAGUGUGAGAUGUGUAUUUUCUAUCUGCCUGUAUUUUUGUCCUUUUUUGCUUUUUAUUUUUUUUAAUUUCUUGUUCUCCCUCUGUCAAGGAGGCCAGCUCCCUGUAACCUGCGCAAAGCGAUUGCAGAGGCCACUGGUUCUGGUAGCCUGUCUCCUUGAGUAAUGCUGUUCCCUGUUUUUCUAUGACCUGCACCCAGAAUAGCACAGGAGGAGGGUUCUGUGACUAACGCACAACGUUCU